UUCACAACUUAAGGACGUUAAAGGCAUCCAAACGACCCCUCACAGUCACGCAGGUAGGCCGUUUGUGUAGCCAACUUAACGAUCAGAUUGAGCCUGAUUUUCAAGACAAGGCGUCUACACAGCGUAGAUCGGUUGAUGAACAUGUCCUGUCUCACACGGCAUUCUUCCUCGUUCCCUGGACAUGGACAUCCUUAAAAGUGACUUGUCCAGCGCAUACAAACGACGCCCAACACUCAACACUCGUCUCCCUCUUCUACUCUGAAAGAAACAGUAUUCUACCCAGAAGAGAGAGAGAGAGAGAGAGAGAGAGAGAGAGAGAAUGAGGUGUGGAGGAAAGCGAGGGAGGGUGGCGUACUUUCUAUACAGAGCAGCGAGCAGAGGUCUCUCCCCUUUUCUCUUCUUUCAUCUCCAAUGGCGGAAGCUCCGCGGCCUCGAACACCCUCUCCGCUGGCCAGAGCGUCUUGGCCAUCCUUCCUCUCCUCGCCCUCCUGGUCCCCUCCUCUGGUUCCAUGCCGUCUCCCUUGGUGAAGGAAUGGCAACGAUUCCGGUUAUCAAGCAUUGUAAUCAGCAACAACCCAAUUUCACCAUCUUGAUGACUACGACAACCACUUCAGCUUUUGAAGUGAUCAAGGACAGACUUCCAAAUGGUAUCAUAUAUCAGUUUGCCCCAAUUGACACUCCUGCAGCGGUGGAUGCUUUCCUCGGGUAUUGGAAACCGAAUGCGGUCUUUCUAAUGGAAAGCGAACUCUGGCCAAAUCUUAUUGUCUCUGCUUCUGAGAAAGGAAUUUUAGUGGCGUUACUGAAUGCUCGGAUUUCUGCUAAAUCCUUCAAAUUUUGGUCGGGACCAACAGCACUGCCUUUGAUUUCAUUGAUGUUGUCAAAAUUUUCCUUGAUUGCCCCAUUGAGCACGCUAGAGGCAAUCCGUUUUCAGCUGCUGCAAGCACCGCCCUUUAUUAUCAAUUUUGCUGGUGACUUGAAAUACGCUGUAGGGGAUGUUGAUGUUUCUGAGAAAGAGAAUAGCAAGAUAGAAGAUCUGCAGCUACAGCUUGCCGACAGGCCAGUUUGGAUGGCAGCUUCCAUACACAAGGGUGAAGAUGAAGUCAUGAUAUUGGUACACAAAGCACUAAUUCGAAUAUACCCAAGUGUGGUCACUAUUAUCGUUCCCCGGAAUCCACAACAUGGAAGACAGAUUUCUCUAGCUUUGCAGAGAGAAGGGCUGCAUGUUGUCUUGAGGUCUCAAACUGAAAAAAUUUUGCCAAGCACAAAUUUCUAUGUGGUGGAUACAUUAGGUGAACUAAGAAGCUUGUAUAGGUUAACUCCAAUUGCUGUGCUUGGAGGUUCCUUCUUACCUGGUUUAGCUGGUCACAACAUAUCCGAGGCUGCAGCAGCUGGUUGUGCUGUUUUGACUGGUCCUUAUGUUGGGCACUUCUCUCAUAUGGUACUAGAAAUGCAACAAUUGAAUCAUUUGUCUGUUAUGCAGGUCUCUUCAAAAGAGCUAAUGGGAGCCCUCAACAUGCUCCUUGGUAAUGCUGAAGCAUUGGAAGCGCAUCGCCUGGCUGCAAAACAAGCAUUUUUGGCCUUGUCCAGUGGGGUUGUCAGAAAUGUUUGGAAUCUCAUCGAUGCCCAUGUCUUGAAAGGGCUUCUCGGAAACUAGAGCAAGUUUCAUGGGGCAACAAGCAUUUUUUAUGUAAAUAUUGACUUGGAAGUGGUUCUCUUUCAGCAAAGCCGACUGCAGGUAUGGCCCUUCCAUGGUAUGAGCCAUCAGUCAUACAUGUGUGGUUCUUAAAACAGCCCAUUCUGGCAUUACCACCACACAAAUGUAAAGAGAUAAUAUCUCUUCCUCAUUUCACUUCUUCUUUUGUUAUGUUUCUUUUCCUCUCUUCUCCGAAAGUACGCCUAGCCAAGAUUCGGCCAUGGACUAGUCUCAUCAGGUCAAAAGCCAAGCCCGCGGAAAUGUGAUUUCCUCCAGUCCAUCCGGGUGAUUGGCCAGGCCAUUGCACAGCCCGGUUUGAAGCCUGCCACCUAUUCCUCUGUAAAAUCCAGCUGGCCCUUUUGGUUUUUUCCACAACUCCCUCACAUUUCUUCAUUUUUGUCUUCUUUUGCUCCCAUUUUGGCUAAGGUAAGAUAUGCCAUUUUGUUGUCCUUUUGGACACAUGUUACUUGGCCCCAUCCGAGCCAUUGGAUUGAUUCAUUAUCCCUCUUUCAUUCAUGUACAGCUUGAUCUUGAUGGCAAAAAGGGGAUCCUUGGUGUUGAUGCCAUGAGGGGCCUUUUGUUUUGGCAGACCAUCCCUAUGAAGGUGGGCCCUCCACUAGCCAUCUGGACUGCUGGAUUUUUCGAUCCUUUCAUUUGGGAGGUUAAUCUCAAGUUGUGAGGGCGAGCCCCACUAGCCCUGCUCUAUCCCUGCUUGAUUAUCAAAACCUUGUGGUCUUUGUUAAGAACCCUUCUUAUGACUUCCUUUCCUCUGCAAUUCCACCCCAUGGCCUACUAUUCAUCACCAGAUAUUGCAGAGUCUGAUGCCUUUGCUGACUUUUCGCUCUGUUGGGCCAUUCUUGACGAUCACAAAGCGAAUAAGUGGUAUUUUGGGGAGCACUUAUUCUGGCAGCUGACCGGCACCCAUAGGGUUCCCUUGAUGCCUCCCUGGGACCAAACUGGGCCAUCAUCCCAAAUCAGGAGUUCUUUGCGGUGGCCACAGGAGUCUGCAAUUUCAUCAUUGUAAACAAGGACUAUACUACCUAGUAUGCUCGAUUCGGGACAAGCUGUAUUUUGGACACGGUUCAUGCUUUCUGUGGGUUCUGAUUUGCAAGUGGUGAUGUGGUGAAUUGGACUGCUAGGGUGUUGGGAACCCUUCCUGCAUGCCAUGGGUCCACUGAGCACUCGAAAAGUGGCUUGCAGUCAAGUGGUUGCCAGUUCACACUUUCAAGUUUCAGCCACGACACUCUUGCCUGAAGUGGUUGCAUCGAUGCAAUGAAGAUUUGACUGAGAGUGAGCUAGUUGACUUUCACGAGCUGGGUUUCUGGGAGGUCUUGCACUUGUGUUUGGGUGAGCCUUGAUUGGUGCAUGUUGGGUGCUGCUUCGUACCACUGGGUCCUGGCCUUGAAUCUCUUUGCAUUUAACAACGUGGAGCUCGAUCCAUCUCUCGGGUAGUUUUCUGAUUGACUAGCCUCUUGCUGCGCCGGGAUUCUUUUUUUUUUUUUUUUUUUUGGUGGUUCCCAUCGGUGCACGUGGUUAGAGAGGCUGAUUUGCACUAGUUCUUCGGUAUUCAGGUGACCUUGCCGACUUUGGGUUGUGCUGGAGGCGCUUUGCCUUUUUACCCUCAACAUGUUGUAUGAUGGUUUCUCUGUCAAUCGAGGAACUUCUUGGUCCUUACGCAUUGUAUAUUGUCAGAACACCCUGAUAUUUUGCAUUCUGGCUGACUUGUUAUUUUCAGGCUGGCGCUGACCUUUGGUUUUGACCUCGUUUGAGGCACUCCAACACAUUAUCUACUGGCAGAGCAUCAUGCCCCUUGUGUUGGCCAAGACUCUCCAUGGCCUGACCAUGUGCAUAGGUCACACACAUACCCGUUGAGGCUACUAUACAUUCCUCCAAGUUAUUUCCUUCUAUCCCUGUCCAUUUUGAAUUUGCAUAUGUUAAUGUUUGCUCCUUUCGGGCCUGACUUUAGGAGCACCUAGGCUUCAGAGCUGAGAGGUUCAUUGAGACACUCCAUGGUUACAUCGGUUUCUCAUGAUUUGUGCUGCGGAUCACACAUUGCUCUUGCUGGUGGGGUUUCAGGGUACUUUUUGUACCACUUGAUUUAGUUCCUACAUCAGUUUGAAUAUCUGCAGGAUGUUCUCCUCUUCGCUUACUCAGGUAUUGGUCAUCCCGUCAUUCCAUGGUGCACUCAUUGCCUUCGCAGCAGGGUGUCUGUCUGGACUGACUGCCUCGAUGAGGUAGCCCUCAACUUGGAGUUAUUCCCUGGCGAUGGAGGUGUAUCAUCAUUGAGUUGCUGCACCAGUGGUAGUCCAAAAUCUUCAGGGGUGGCAGCUGAUCCGUGACAGUGAGGUAAUUGAUACAAUGGGUACCACCUCGUCCUUGCCUUCCAACCUGGCUGCCAUGACUGAGUCUUACUAGGCUUUCGAGGAGUGUUCUUUUGUGGACCCUAACUUCUUGGUGGCUACACAUGGCCACCUCCCUUCCUAGAUAUCCUGCUUGCGACGCACUUGUAAUGAUCAGGCGGCGCAAAUUGCCUACAUGAGGUGCAAGGGAGACAACUCAACUUUCAGUUCUAGCUGGAUGAGUUUCGUUACCUGUGGGAAGAGAACGAGAAGCUUAGGCACAAAAUGGAGGAGUUAAGAGUGUGAGGAGAGAGGUUCACCAUUGUCAUUUGGAGAGGGUCCAGAUGAAAUGCGCUCAUGAGUGGCGUCAAAGGCUGGACGAGGGUCUUUGUAGGGAUUGAAGGUUUUCUUUAUUUUUGUACUGAAGUCAUAUGUGCGUUCACACUUUAUUUUAUUAUGCAUAAGAGAUGUAAGGCUUUUAUUAAGCUUGAAAUUAAAAACUUUUUCAAA